UUUCCUGGUAGCUCAUGUUUCUGGGUGCCACUAGCCACAAAUACUAGUUCAGUCUUUGGCUCAUGGAUUUUCAUGAAGGGAAACCAAAGGCCUGGACUGACUUUGUCAAUCCUUUGUCUAUGACAAAUCUGAAUAGUUCUCUUAGGAAUGCCACAAUGAUACUGCUUUUUUUCAGGGAGCAACAGGCCGCUCUUAAGUACUUUCUGUCCCUUCACAGCAUUGCUGUCUCUGUCAACCGCAGCAGCAGAAGCAGCAAGGUGGCAGCAGGGAUAAUCUUUUAUUUAUAACAACAGAUAGAGCUUCUUCAAACAAGCACAACAUACAACAAGCUUCUUGUAGAGGAAAUUCUGCAGUAAUGCUGCUUUAUAAAUGGCACUGAUAUCCUUCGGCCAGAGGGAAAGAGCUGUGUCAGAGGGAAAGAGCUGACCCUUUGGGCCAAAGGAUCCUGCUCCUGAAAAUAAAUAAAAAAAGCAAAACAUAUACCCUCAAAAAAGGAGGGCAUUGAAUCCACAGAAGUACUUAUAAGCACUGAAGGAUACAAGGUAACACCUUUGAUAUGUCCUUUAUAUGAAAGGAUGUUUGUGGGUGGUUUUGCUUUUGUAAAAAAAAAACAAAAAACAUGACCGCUAUCACUAUCCUCACAGCUCCUGGCAGCCAUUUUAAAUAUAAUCAUAAUAAUAUGAGUUUGCAGGUGGCUUACAUAACAUGGCUCUCCCCCCUCCUUUUAUUCCUCCCCACCCCCAUCCCUGCUGAAAGGUCCAAAAGGUCGAAUGGAGCUGGUUCAUAUAAAAUGGUAACUUCACCUAGGAAAAUGAAACAUAAUCAGAGCUGCUGUCAGACACCUCCCAGUGUCACUGUUCGUAUAAAAUCAAGUGCAUCCAGAUCUUAUCAACAAAAAAAAGCUCUUAGCCUUAAACGACCGAAAUUUAAAGAUAGCCAGGAGACCUAUGGGGAAAACAUUAAUAAUAAGAAGCCAAAACGGCCAAAAGGUUCAUGUCUUGUAAUUCAGCGUCAGGAAAUGACAGCUUUCUUUAAGCUAUUUGAUGAUGACUUGAUUCAAGAUUUCUUGUGGAUGGAUUGUUGCUGUAAAAUUUCAGACAAGUACCUUUUGGCAAUGACUUUUGUUUAUUUCAAGCGAGCUGGCUACAGUAUAAACGAACACACCAGGCUUAAUUUCUUUGUAGCUCUGUACCUGGCAAAUACAGUUGAAGAAGAUGACGAAGAGUCAAAAUAUGAGAUUUUCCCAUGGGCUUUAGGAAAAUCCUGGAGAAAGCUUUUUCCUGAUUUCUUAAUUCGAAGGGAUGAACUCUGGAGCAAGAUGGAUUAUAGGGCUAUUGUAAGCAGACGCUGCUGUGAGGAGGUAAUGGCUAUAGCUUCAACACAUUAUAUAUGGCAGCGGGAGCGUUCUAUUCAUCAUAGUGGAGCUACAAGAAACAAUAGCAGAGAUGGAGUACAGUUUCCUCGAGGACCCAAUGCCACACCUACAGACUGUUUGCUUUGUGGGAAAAAGACAAGAUACAUACGGCUGGGAUUAUCCUCCUCUUCCUCCAAUGGCACACUGGAAAUGAUGGAACAACAUAUACCUCAGGGACUGCAUGACUCUCUUCCAGCUGGUAAAAUACCUGAGCCAUCUCUGCACUGUUAUUCACAAGAUUGCAAACAUCUACCCAACAAAGGAAGAAAAAGUAGCUGCACAUGUCAAGAUAAAGCCAUGGACUGGUUUACUGGAAAUGAAGAAUAAAAAAAAACCACACUUCAGCCAAC